CUUUUUGGGCAUUGAGAGAAUUUAGGGGACCCCCUUAAAGUCUUACUAAAUAUAAGACAUCUCAUAUGUAGCAAGACUCUUGGUGUUUAAUUCCCUUCCAUCUUCCUUUUCCCCAGAAGUGAUUUGCACAGGGAUAACACCUAUACUCCAUACACACUCUGCCUAGAAUCCAUCCGAUCUAUCACUUGAUACAAUCAUUGAUUUGUGAUACACACAGACCCCACCAGGCUGAUACAAUUCAUUGUUAUAGGAUACAAUUAAGUGAUUGUCACACAUCCAGAUAAGCUGUGGAGCCCCUGCACGUGGAAAGAUCUGGGUCCUGGUGGCUUUGAUGCAGAAUUUGUCAUCUGUGGUGAUCAUCUGUGUGGUGGAGGAAUAGUCUGCAGACACAUAUGAGAGGACCUGGAUGCACAAAUUAACUGGUGCCUUAAAUCUGCUCCCACUAUGUAGGCCACAACUUUAAUUGAUGCCCCCCAAGAAAGCAGACGAUGGACCAAAACAGCACCCGAUUAUUGGAAGGUUUGGGACCUCUUUGAAGAUUGGAAUAGUGGGACUGCCAAAUGUAGGGAAAUCAACUUUCUUUAAUGUGUUGACGAAGAGCCAGGCUUCAGCGGAGAACUUUCCAUUUUGCACUAUUAAUCCAAAUGAGAGCAGGGUGCCCAUCCCAGAUGAGAGAUAUGAUUUUCUGUGCCAAUAUCACAAGCCGGCAAGCAAAAUUCCAGCAUUUCUGAAUGUGGUGGACAUUGCUGGCCUUGUGAAAGGGGCCAGUGCGGGCCAAGGCUUGGGGAAUGCCUUCCUGUCUAACAUCAGUGCCUGUGAUGGAAUAUUUCAUCUCAUGCGCGCCUUCGAUGAUGAUGACAUCAUUCAUGUUGAAGGAAGUGUCAACCCAGUACGUGACAUUGAGAUCAUUCAUGAGGAGCUCCGUCUGAAGGAUGAAGAAGCCGUCUUAGCUGCCAUAGAUAAGCUUGAAAAAGUAGCUGUGCGAGGAGGAGACAAAAAAUUAAAACCAGAAUAUGACAUAAUGUGCAAAGUGAAAUCCUGGGUUAUAGAUGAAAAGAAUCAUGUCCGCUAUUACCAUGACUGGAAUGACAAGGAGAUUGAAGUACUAAAUAAAUACUUGUUCUUGACCUCCAAACCGAUGAUCUAUCUAGUCAACCUCUCGGAAAAAGAUUACAUCCGCAAGAAAAACAAGUGGUUGAUAAAAAUUAAGGAGUGGGUGGACAAGCAUGACCCAGGGGCCUUGGUCAUUCCUUUUAGUGGGGCCUUGGAACUGAAGCUGCAAGACAUGAGUGAUGAGGAGAAGCAGAAGUAUCUGGAAGAGAAAGUGACACAAAGUGCCUUGUCCAAGAUUAUUAAAACUGGCUACGCAGCACUACAGCUGGAAUACUUCUUCACCGGAGGCCCCGACGAAGUACGCGCUUGGACCAUAAAGAAAGGGACAAAGGCUCCUCAGGCUGCAGGGAAGAUUCACACGGAUUUCGAGAAGGGUUUCAUUAUGGCGGAGGUAAUGAAAUAUGAUGACUUCAAAGAAGAAGGCUCCGAAACAGCUGUCAAGGCGGCAGGAAAAUACAGGCAACAAGGGAGGAAUUACACGGUAGAAGACGGUGACAUUAUUUUCUUUAAAUUCAAUACACCUCAACAGUCCAAGAAGAAAUAGAAUUUCUGUUUUGUUUGUGUUUUUUUUAAAACCUCGAAAGAGAUUAUUAUUUUUUCUUUAUUUUAUUUAAGCAGAAUAUUCUGUUAUUAAAUAAAAUAAAUAAAAUACCAAAUUGGGAACCAUCUCACCCCCCCCCCCCCCAAACCAAAUAAAUAAAUGCAGUUUGUUUGGAAAUAUGUGUCACCUCACUGUGAAAAUACAGGUUCAGUCAAUGUGCUUUCCAAAUGAUUAAGAUCCUACUUGAAAUCCUAGAUGCUUUUCAGGACUCACACGAGUCUCAUGAUACUUCAUUAAUCUCCAUCAUGUAUGCCAAGCCUGACACAUCUGACAGUGAGGACAAUGUGGCUGGCUCUUUUUUUGGAAUCUACAGAUAAUGCAUGUUUUACAGUACUCCAGAUGUCUACACUCAAUAAAACAUUUGACAAAAAAA